AAAUUGGACAUAGAACUGCCAUCUCUAGCUAAGCUAGCUACAUUAUAUUAUAUAUACGCGAUAUGGGAAGAACACCUUGCUGUGAGAAGGUAGGUCUGAAGAGGGGGAGAUGGACGGCUGAGGAAGAUCAGAUCCUCACCGACUACAUUCACGCCAAUGGCGAAGGCUCCUGGAGAUCGCUACCGAAGAAUGCAGGUUUAUUGAGAUGCGGAAAGAGUUGUCGGCUACGAUGGAUCAAUUAUCUGAGAUCCGAUUUGAAGAGAGGCAAGUUCUCUCCCCAAGAGGAGGAAAUCAUCAUCAAAUCGCAUGCAAUUCUGGGUAACAGGUUCAAACUCUUCCGUCUUCACAAGAUAUUUAUAUGAUUCUAUGGUGAAUGUAUAUGGUGUUUAAUUUAU